AUGGUGCAAAUUGCUCUCCGACGCUGGUGGGCUCUUGCUCUCCUUUUGCUGAUCAACGCCGUACCGUAUAUCCAAGGACAGCAGUCGCCUUCGUGGGCCCAAUAUAUCAUAUCACCUCAGAGCCUCACUGUUUUACCUUUAGCGAUCCUAGAAGGCCGCACUGUUGGCGAUGUUACCAACCCAAGUGCCUUGCUCACCAGUGGCGGUGAUGUGACAACGCUGAAGAGAGCUGCCCCAGUAGCUCCCCCUUCGUGGCCGAAGGGCACGACAGCAGACGCUUCAAGCUUUCGCCCGGAAAACACAAAUAACGGCCAGCCGCGGACGUAUACUCCUAGCAAUGCUAUUGAUGGAAACGGGGCGACCUUCUGGAACGACGACACAGUCAGUGCUUAUUCUGAUAUCUUAACACUGACAAUACCAACUGCGACUACUCUAUCCGGCAUAACAAUUCUGUCAAGCUUGGACGGCGUUCCGGUGAAAUUUACAGUAGAGGCUCUUCAGGGUGGCUCAUGGGGGGCAGUUGCCACUGUCAGCGACAACGCCGUAGUCUUGAUCCAGGUCCCAUUCGCUGAGCCCGUUAAUGCGGAAGGGAUCCGUAUUACCGUAACUCAGGCUCAGGCGACUGGCCAGGGAGAAUACACGAGGAUUGCAGAAGUCUGGCCUGGUAUAGUUCCUGGGCAAGUGGCCCCUGCGGUUGUUCUUGACUUUGGGAAAGUGGUUGUUGGAAAGCUCUCUAUCAACUUUGCUGGCGCGUCAACCAAUAACCCCGGCAUACGAUUGGCAUUUUCGGAGACAACACAGUACUUGACGGACCUGAGCGAUUUUUCGCGGUCGAACAAUGGGGAUACCAUUACACCUGGAUCGGACCAGAUUGCUGUCAAGUCUGAUCCAUAUACCUGGACCGACAAUCACGGGUGUGAGGAUGGCACGAAGGUAUGCGCUGAUGGCUUGCACGGCUUCAGAUAUGUCAAAAUCUACCUUGACGCGCUUGCAGCCGAUGCUCCAAAUACCCAAGCUUCUGGAUCCGUGUCUAUCGAUUCAAUCUCGCUUGCAUUCUCAGCGUAUCUAGGGACGGAAGACACUUACUCGGGCAAUUUUGAGUGCUCGGAUGCUGCGCUGAACGAGUUUUGGUACGCCGCGGUUUAUACUAACGACCUGUGCACUGAUACAUUCCGACUUGAAGACACAGAGCCGAGGAAUGCUGGGAGUCCCACCCUUGUUGGCAAGGAAGUGCUUUUCGACGGGGCCAAGCGUGACCGUGACCCCUAUGUUGGAGAUUUAGCUGUCGCCGCCAGAACGUUGUAUCUCACACAUAACUUUAGCAUUGCAGCUGAGAACGUCUUGGCAGAUUUGGCGGAUCACCAAAGGAGCGACGGCUGGAUCCCUCCAGCAUCCAUCAACAACUACCAGCUUCAACUGUUGGAUUACCCCCUCCACUGGGUGACCUGUACCUACGAUCUGAUUGUAUACACAUCGAGCGAUGCUUACGCAGCAAAAUACUAUCCAACAAUUACAAAGGUGCUAGACAACUUCUACCCUUCCAUGACAGACAGCGCUACAGGCCUCAUCAACAAACCAGAUGACUCGCCAUAUGGAGACUAUGCCUUUCUCAAUCGCCAUGGCUUGAUCACGUACUACAACGCACUCUACGUCCAAGCACUCAGAAAUGCCGCCAGCAUCGCAACCUUUUAUAACCACCCCGAUGACGCCAAGCGCUGGGCGGAGCGUGCCCAAACCGUCUCCGACGCGAUCAACGUCCACCUCUGGGACGCCAGCGUAGGCGCCUAUUUCGACUCCUCCAAAACAACCAAUCACGGCCAAGAUGGUAACGGCCUCGCAGUCCUGAAUGGAAUCGCCGACAGCACUCGAUCAGCCUCGGCCCUCAAGUACUGGGCCUCCCUCGCCCUCCCCUACGGCAACCCCUUCUUCGACUCGGAUGUCAUCGGCGGCGGUUUUUCCAAGCGCGUGUACGCAUUCAUCUCAUACUUCGAGCUACAAGCGCGUUUUGCCUCCGGAGCAGGCGACUCGGCCAUCGAAGAGAUUAAGCGCCUGUACGGGUGGAUGGCGACGCACGACCCAAAGAGCACGUUCUGGGAGGGCAUCGGCACCGAUGGCUCGAUGUACGAGGCGGGGUUCACGAGCGCGACACACGGCUGGAGCACAGGCAUCGUGCCUCUGAUGUCUAACUACGUGUUGGGGAUUAUGCCGACGGCGCCUGCGUUCGCGGAGUGGACUGUCAAGCCGAUGCUUGUUGGUGGGAUUACGUGGGCGAAGGGACAGGUGGACACGCCGCAUGGGCCGUUGAUGGUGGAUUGGACGGCGGAGAAUGCGAGUACGCAGUUCCAGAUUACGGUUACGGUGCCGAAGGGCACGAAGGGGACUGUGUCGGUGCCGGUGACCAGUGAAAAGGUGAUGGUGGCUGUAAAUUCAAAGCUGGUGUAUGCGGUGGGAAGGAGGGCAUUUAACCCGAAGUAUAAGGAUGGCCACGUUACGGUGCAACUUGAAUAUGGGAAGCACGUUAUUACGGCGUCGAAGUAG